AUACUUGCCGCCGGCCGGUGACAUUAAAAAGGGAGUUUUCCCGCGGUUGCUACUAGGGCGCCAGGGGUUUUACUUGUGGAGCUUCACUCUCUAUCUCUCUCACUCCCUCUCGGGCCUCUGCGAGGGUUUCUGCGCCAUUCUCUGCUUGGUUCCUGAUCUUCUCCAUGCUUCUCCACUUCUUAUCUUCUUUGGGAUCUUCGUGAAGAAGCCCUUGAAUUCCGAAACCGUUGCUGCGCUGCUAUUUGGCCGUAGGCGAUGGGGGCCGCAUUCCCACUCAUGCGCUCCAUCAUUAUCCUCUGCGCGCUCUUCGCGUGCGCCUGGGCGAUUUCUGGGCCGCACAUAGCGGACCUGAAUGUCUUGUUGCCGCCUGUCAUGACGAACCCCGUCGAGUAUCGGCUUCUGGGAAGCGACGGAUGCUUCACCUGGGAAUGGGAUCAUCAUGACAUCCUCUUUGUUCAACCAGAGUAUAAUGGUAGCAGUCAUUGUUCAGUAAGUGCACGAUUGGUAUCUAUUGCACCUUAUACUGGUCGGAAGGAGACUGCUGUCUAUGCUAGGGACGUUUUGAGUGGAAUUGUUAUCCGAUGUGAAGUUUUUAUUGACAAGAUUUAUAGAAUAAAGAUAUUUCAUCACUCUGUUAAACUUGAUCUUGAUGGAAUCACAACACUUCGGGCCAUUGCUUUUGAUGAUGCAGAAAACGUGUUCUCAUCCCUUGUGGGCGUGCAAUUUAUGUGGCAAGUGACACCAAUAUCAGUUGGAGAUGAUCAUCUAUCCCCUCAUCUUGUGCAUGUUCCUUUGAAGAAUACACCACUGAGUGAAUGUGGUGGGUUUUGUGGGGAUAAAGACCCACGAAUAAAACUGGAGGACAACGGUCUAGCUGCAGACCUUUAUGUGGUCAAGGGAAUUGAAAUUGGUCAGGAUACUGUGUCAGCUCAGAUGCUGGAGUCAGGAUUUGAGCAUAUAGCAGACAACAUUGUUUUGACUGUUGCAGAAGCCAUGUCAGUGGAGCCACCAUCUCCCAUUUUUGUUGUUGUUGGAGCACAUGUGCAUUAUCAUCUCAAAGUUCUUCGCAAUAACAUUGCUCAAGCUGUCACUCUGCCAUCUCCAUACCAUCGUUGGUCUGUGGAAAAUUCUUCAGUUGCUUGGAUUGACUCUGCCAUGGGAUUAGCAUCUGCUGUGAACCUAGGAGUUACAAAUAUAGUCGUUGAAGAUAUGAGGGUUGCCGGUCACCUGCAGCUGUCCUCUAUGCAUGUGGUUUUGCCUGACCACAUGGUCUUAUAUAUACAACCUGUAACUAUUUCAUUUGAUCCAGUUGAUGGAACACAACCUAUCUCUUCAUUUGUGCGUUGGUAUCUUGUUGUGGGCCAGCAGUAUGUCAUUUAUUUGCACGUCUUCUCGAGGGAUUCCGGCACAAGACCAUUAUAUAUUACUGAGAAGGAAAACUUGGAUCUGCUGUUCAAGAAAUCUGCCCAUUGGGACAUUUCCCAUGUUCCAGAUGACAUUGCUGUUAGGCAUGGCUGGAGGAAUUCUUCUCAGAUCAAAGCACUAUCCAAGGGUGUGGCCAGCUUGUCAGCUUCCCUUACCUUUCAUGAUGUGCAAUUGGUUAAGCCUAAGGUUCUAACUGUUGAACAAGAAGUUAUAAUCUGUGACCAUGUGAAGAUCAUUUUGCAAGAAACAAUUCACCCCACAAAACUUAUCCGUCUUCCCUGGGUUCCUAAUGUUUAUCAAGAUUUUCAGCUAACAGCGUCAGGAGGAUGUGCUCAGGCAUCAAAAGACUAUCAUUGGUUCUCUUCUGAUGUUGGUGUGGUAUCUGUGUCAUCUACUGGGGUUGUUAGGGCUAUAAGUCCUGGCCGUGCUGUCAUUAAAGUUGUCUCUUCCUUUGAUCUGCUUAACUAUGACGAGGUGGUUAUUGUAGUCUCCAUUCCAUCAUCUAUUGUUAUGAUCCAAAAUUUUCCUGUAGAGGUAGAAGUUGGAGGAUAUAUUGUUGCUGCUGCAACAUUGAAAGCAGAAGAUGGUAGCUACUACCACCGGUGUGAUGCUUUUAGCUCUUCCACAAGGUGGGAGGUUUUUGGUGAUGCUGAGCCUUUUAAAAUUACCAAUGAAACUGGAAAUGCGGAUUGCCCUGGUCUAUCAGACUUGGAACGUGCAGAAUUUUCUAGGAGUCCUUGUGCAUGUGCGUGCUUGUAUGCUUCCAGUGCUGGUCGAGCAGAAAUACAUGCAGUUAUAUUCAAAGAUCUGGCUUCUAGCAAACACUUAUUUAACACCAGUGAGCAGCUAGUUUUGAGGGCUGCCAAGAUUUUAGUUGCAUAUCCUUCACUUCUUGUAUAUCAAGCAGGAGAUGGAAAUCGAUUUGGUGGUUACAGGGUUGAUGUGCCAAUUAGUUUUUCCAGUGCACAAAUCACUUCUCUGAAGAGUGUGAGUGAGCUUUAUCUUGUUCCUGGAACAAGGAUUGAUAUGGUGCUCCUUGGUGGCCCAGAACGCUGGGACAAUGAUAUUGAGUUCAUAGAAUCAUUAGAAAUUGUUCCAGAGGAUAUGAAUACUUUUAAUGCUGGAGUGCGUAUAUCAAAUUCAUCUAUUAAUGGAGGAACUUUGUAUGAUAUCUACUGCCAAGACUUGGGAGCAUAUAAACUGGUCUUUUCACGUGGAAAUUUAAUGGGAGCCAAUCAUCCAGUAUCUGCAAUAGCACGCACAGAAUUGUCACUAGCAUGUGCUUUGCCUGCUUCUGUUAUUGUCAUUGCAAAUGAACCAGCAAACACUCCAAGUGUGAUACAUUCUGCAAUUCAGACUAUUCGUGGUCCAGGGAAUGUUCAAGCUACUCCAAUAUCCGUGCCAAAUAGCUGUUCUGUCAGGGUAGCUGCUGUAGGCAUUCAUGAUUCUGGAAAGCCGUUUGCUAAUUCGUCAUCACUUUGUUUGAAUUGGGAGCUUGAAAAAUGUGAUGACCUGGCUAAAUGGAAUGACACAACCACAAAUUUAGAACAUUCAGGGUCUUCAUGGGAGAAAAUUUUGGUUCUGCAAAAUGCUUCCGGAUUGUGUUUGGUUCGUGCAACAGUCAUUAGUUUCUGUGAUGCCAUGAGAGAUGUAGUAUCUCAGGAGGCAACUUUGCUGCUGCAAAGCUCCAAGAGUAGCCUCACAGAUGCUACCUAUUUACAGUUGGUUUCUGCUCUGCGGGUUACUCCAGAAUUUUUGUUGCUGCUUUGUCAUCCAAGCUCCAAGGAGAGUGUGUCUAUUUACGGUGGGACGUCAAAUGUUGUUUAUGUUGUGAAUGAUACCAAAGUUGUUGAAAUAGUUCAACAUUCACAAGAAGGGAAUCUUCUGCAUCUGAUGCUGGGUGCUAGAGAUGUUGGAGGUGCGGUUGUCGCUAUUGAAGAUGUUGGCCUCAAUCCACCUAUUGCUGCUUCUGUGUUGGUUCUUGUGGCAGAUGUUGAAUGGAUUAAGAUACUUUUGCCGGAUAAGAUAAGACUUAUGGUGGGGACCAGCAAAACAGUCGAUAUUGUAGCUGGGAUUCAUGAUGGACAUAUAUUUGGCUCUUCACAGUAUACCUUCAUGAACAUCCGUGUGCAUUUUGAAGAGGAGCUGCUUGAGCUUCUAAAUAAAGAUGACUAUUUGCGGUCUGCAACUGAUGUAAUUGAGGAACCGUCUUUCUUGGUCAAGGCUCUAAAGCUGGGUAUGACAACACUCUAUGUUACUGCUAGACAACGUUCUGGUCAUGAACUCUUGAGUCAAACAAUUCAAGUGGAGGUUUAUGCACCAUUAACUGUUCAUCCAAGUGAAAUUUUCCUUGUACCUGGGGCAUCUUAUGUGCUUUCAGUGAGUGGGGGUCCAAUGAGUGGAACUAUUGUUGAGUAUUCUAGCACAAAUAAGUCUAGUGCAAUUGUUGACGAAGCCUCUGGGAAGCUUUCUGCAAUCUCUCCUGGAGACAGUAUUAUACAUGCUAAGGCUUAUGAUAGUGUCGGUACUCUGAUUUGUGAAACAUCUACAAAUGUGAAAGUGGGAAUCCCAUCCUCAAUGAGUAUAUAUCUUCAAGGUAAUCAACUUGGGGUUGGAUGCAAGACACCGGCAUUCCCUACUUCACCGGAGGGGGACUUGCUUUCUUUCUAUGAGGUCUGUAAGAAUUACAGGUGGACCAUUGAAGAUGAGCAGGUCCUGACCUUCCUACCGACUACAUCUGAAGUAAAUAGCCAAGAAUAUUUUUCUUCCAGCGGAAAUCAACUGAAAACUCUUGCUGGCUUCGGCACGAAGAACUCAGAAUUCAUCAGUAUAUUGCAUGGAAGGUCUGCAGGAAAAACGGGCAUUUCUGUUUCAUUCUCUUGUGAAUUUGCUUCUUCCAGUAGUGUGCAACACACUGUUUUCUAUAAUGUCUCUGAAGAAAUAAUAGUUGUCCCUGAUCCUCCUCUGUCACUUGGCAUUCCUGCAACGUGGAUUCUUCCUCCCUUUUAUACAACAAAAAAUGUUCUGCCUGUGUCAUCGCAAGUUUAUCCAUACCACAGGCAGAAAGGGAAUAUUAUUUACUCUGUGAUGAAAGUUUGUGGUGACAAAGUGCACCAAAAUCCGUUCAAAAUUGAUGGAACAAAAGUGAAGACAUUUCAUAGCAACUCUAUUGGCUGCAUUCAGGCUACUGAUGGAACAACUGGAAGAACUGAAAUUGCUUCAUGUGUGAAGGUGGCUGAGGUGGCUCAAGUUAGAAUAGAUAUCGAGAAACUUCCCUUGCGUGUCAUAUAUCUGGAUCUUGGUGCAUACUUGAAUCUUGGUGUUAGUUACCAUGAUAAUCUAGGAUAUCCAUUCUUUGAAGCUGAGGGUGUUGUCUCUUUGACUGUCAGCACCAAUCACCCUGAGAUUGUGUCCGUUUUAGCAUUGGAUUCUGAAAAUGGCAUGCAUUCUUUCAAUGGGACGGUGCUUAUCAAGGGUCUUCGUCUUGGUACAGCACUUCUACGUUUAUCCACCACCAGUGUCCAACGAAAGUCUGACUUUAUCCUGGUGUCAGUAGGUGCCAAUAUAAGUCCUCAUAAACCAAUUCUCCACGUAGGAGACAGAGUGAACUUCAGUGUCACUGGAGAAGGGAUGAGUGAUGCAAAAUCAGGCAGGUGGUUUAGUGCCAAUGUUAGCGUUAUUUCCAUAAACAAGGAUUCUGGAAAGGCUAUUGCACUUGGUGAAGGUACAACACAAGUCUUUUUCAAAGGUUCCAGCCACGAUCUGCAAACAACUGUUACAGUGAUGAGAGAUUCAGUUGUACUUCAUGCUCCAUCAAAUGCCUUGACAAAUGUGCACUUUCCUUCUGAAGGCUAUAAGUUCCUGAUAGAACUCAGUGGUUACUAUGCCAAGAAAGUUGAAGACUUUUCAGAAGAUAUAGAUCUGCCUUAUGAUUGUGGUGUUGAUCCUCCAUUUGUUGGAUAUGUCACGCCAUGGAAGGAUGCUGAUGCUGCUAAGUAUUACUGCCUCUUUUUCCCAUAUUCACCAGAGCAUUUGUCACAUGCUUUACCUAUCAUUGGGACAAACAAAUUUGUGGUGAAAAGGGGCCUCGGUGAUAGGCCCAUGUUUGUAUCCAUUUCUGUUACACUGCGAGGUGCCUAUCCUAUGUCUGGUUCAGUCCGUCUUCCUUUUCAUAGUGGCUUUUCUGUCCUUGGAAUUCAUAAGCUGCAUCUUACGCGAAAUGCAAACAAGAGUAUAAUAACUGUUUUGGGCAACACAGAUGUUAAGGUUAGUUGGCAUGCCUAUGGUCUUCUGACAGUCGCCCGUCUUCAUGCUGAAGAUUUUGUAGUAGGAGGAAGGGCUGAAUAUGAGGUUAAAGUUGUCCAGGACAAAAGUUUCAAGGACAAAUUGAUCUUCAAUCUGCCUCAGAUCGGCCAGGUUUCUGAGGUUGAAGUAUCAUAUGAAACGGAUGAAACCCCUAAGAAUUCAGCAGCGAGUGAAUCGUCCAACCUUCUCAUUAAUUCUCUCGUCUGUGUUUUCGUCCUUGUGGCAACGGUAGUCCUCUUCUGGAGGUGCUUCAACAAGCGGCAGAGAUCAGGACAACGACGUAGUCUUUCCACCUCGUCCCACUUGGAUCCAAAGACACCUAUGCGCACGCAGGAUGUGCCUGCAAAUGGUGCCUUGACACCCGUUCGAUCUGCUCCCCGCACGCCUCAAUCAUACACAGAAUACCUUAGGAGGACAAUUGAUGAGACACCCUAUGUAAGGCGGCAUGGUCGGUUGGUUGACCCUUCAUAUAGUUACUGACGUGUUCCGGCAUUGUAGCAUCGUUGUAUGGAAAUUUCUGUUGUAUCAUCACUCAUCAGUGGAUUUUUCCAUGAGGGAUUGAAGUCUGCGGUUCCAUGAUUUCUACAGG